AGUGUCAACAACACCACAGAUUUUGUGUUCCAAGUUCUGUUGGGUUUCGAUUCGUGACGUUUCGGUUCAACGUUAGUUCGUUUUCAAGGCAGUUUCAGUUUAUGAAAAAAACUUAACGAUGUCGGUGAAAUCGGUUGUGCCCCCGCAAACAUACUCGCGGCUAUUCAGACCCUGGGAUGCUUCAGCAGCUGCGGAAGCUCCAGUGGUCCAAGACAAUACAAGUGACAGUCCUAGAAAGCCUAGUGACUACGAAAGUGAUAGAGUGAUCAAAAGUGAACCCUACGAAAUGAGUGUUCGAGCACGGUUGGAUAUGGAAAGCCCAGUAUCAUCGGAACCUAAAUCGCCAAUGUUCAGCCCCACCAAGCUGUCGUCGUCUGGAACUCCGGAUUUGGAUAUCAGUUCUUCGUUCCUGAAUCACCCGGCGGAUCUUGCUUCAUACUAUUACUACUACAACCAGCAGAAGCUCGGUCUUGAACUGUUGCCGCCAGGUUUUAACUUUGCUGGACUACCUCCCAUGGAUGCUCUCACCUACGAGCAGAUGGAACAAGAAUACUUCCGAGUGCUUAGCGAGGAUGCCAAGGCCAAGCUUCUCAGCAGCCGGAAGCAGCGUCCGAAAAAGUUCAAGUGCCCCCACUGUGACGUAGCUUUCUCCAACAACGGUCAACUCAAGGGACACAUUCGAAUCCACACCGGCGAGCGUCCUUUCAAAUGUGACGAGUCCAACUGCGGCAAGACGUUCACCCGAAACGAGGAACUGACCCGCCAUAAGCGCAUUCACACCGGAAUUCGGCCAUACGCGUGCCAGACCUGUGGCAAAAAGUUCGGCCGACGGGAUCACCUGAAGAAACACACCAAAACCCAUCUGCCCCAAGAACGAUACACCUAUGGACUAGCUCCAGCGGCCAUGCUGAUACCAGCGAUGGCAUACGGUGCCGGAGCCCAUUUGUACGGUUAUUGAGGUAGGGUGGCGAAAGCCUAAGCUAGGUUAAGUGUUUUUUUCUGGAAUUAUCGCCUAGGAUAAACACAAGAGAGUUAGUGACCUGUUACAAGUGAUACCAGUUGGGACCAGUGAAUUAUUUUAUAUGAGCAACCUAUUUUUCUAGAGAAAAGAAUUUAAAUAUGACUGAUGUAUUUUUGUAAAUGCCACUGUAAAUAGAUAGACAUCCGUAAUGCAAUCGUAGAUUUAAGAAUAAAUUUUAU